AUGGGGCUUUUCGGAAAAUCAUCAGCUCCCACAGAAGGUGCCGAGGAACAGCCUAAGAAGUCGCUCUACCAACGCUACCAGGACAAGAAGACUGGCCGCGACACCGUCAUCUCGGACGAGGACCUCGUCAAGUACACCGGCAAGCGCAGAGAUGAGAUCAACGACUGGGCGAAAGAUCGGCCCGGCGUCGCUGGGAACCGGGCUGCGGGGACCUUAGCGGCUGGUUCUGCCUCCGGCUUUGGUGGGAUGGCUACGGCAGAUGGGUACGGCGGAUGGGGUAUGGGUGCCGGGUCGGACCCCAAACAUCCGCCGCAGCCGAGCCGGAAGGGGGAUGCGGACGCUGAGCUGUCAAAGUAG